AUCCUGGACAAUACCAUUUUGUAUUCAAUAACUUUUUCACCAGUAUUGCUCUUCUUGAUAAGCUCAGUUCAAUGGGAUUUCAGGCAACAGGUACAGUGAUAAAGGCUCACAGUGACAAAGUGGCAUUGGAAUCAGAUGCAGGUUGAGAGAAGAAAGAGGCACAUUCAACUAUCAAACUGAUGGCAAAGGCAAUGUUGUCUGCAGAUGAAAUGAUAACAGUGUUGUCCCUGUUGCCUCUUCUAGUGCUGGUAUUGAUCCCUGGUCGAUCGGUGUUCCCAGAAAAUGAAAAAGAAGAUCCAAGUUCAGCAGCCAAUCACAAUCAAAGUAUAUAAUCAGUUCAUAGGAGGCAUAGACAGAUGUAAUGAAAACACAGAUAAGUAUUGGGCAUCAAUCCAUGGAAAGAAAUGGUAGUCCACCCCUCUCUUGUUCUGUUUUGAAUUGGCCUCCCAAAAUGCUUCGCAAUUGCAUGAACUACGAUGAAAGGCCAAUAGAUUUUCUGGAGUUUCAUUGAUGUGUGGUUUGCUAUGAUCUGGAGACCCAAGGUCAUCACACAGAACAUGGCUGAAGAUGAAGACCUGUACAGAAGUGUAACAUUGACUCCUGUCAUGAUGUUAUAAAUUGUGUACUAGUGAAACAGGGGAAGCAAACACAGUGUGCACAGUGUCAUAAGAAUGGCAUUUUUAGAUGUAAAAAUGUGAAGUGUUCUGUUGAAUGCCACACCGAAUAGCAAGUGUCACCACCACCUCUUGAGACAAGAAAUGUGGUUUAUGCAUUAUGUACAAUGUAGCAGUGGUUUUGCCUAAUGUUCCAUUUGGGGAACUCUGCAUAACUCAAAAAUGGAACAAAAUGAAAUUUUUCUCUUCAGAUUCCUCCAAGUUUUUCUAAGUAACAUAUAUGAAUUUCAUGUGAAAAUUAAAAAAACAUCGCAAGCUUCAGCAUUGAUGAGUUUCAGUCUCCAGCAAAGCCUAGGGAUAUCGGUGAAAUGAAGACAAAUAUUCUGCAUAGCAUGUAUGGACGUUAGUCCAGCCUUCAGUGGAGUCCUUGAAACCUCCUGAGUCUAGCCUUACAGACCACAUUCCUAGUACCUAUUCUGGCCUUCUGAGCUCUGACUAGGGUUGCACAUCAAGCACUGCUCACAACAUUGUAGGUCACCCUCAGCUGGCAUCUCUAAAACUUUACAACCUCCUGGAAAUAAGUUCCAAAGACUUCUAAAUCACAGGGCCAGGUACAGUCAUACACCAACCCCGUCUUGGUACCAAUUGUCUGUCUUAGUCCCAUUCUUGUCACUGGGACAAAAUAUUUGACACUUGGAGUUUAAAGGGGGAGAGGUUUAUUCUGGCUCAUAGUCUCAGUGAAUUCACUCCGAGGUCUGCUGGCUCCGAAGCAGAAAUGUCAUGGCAGGACAGUGUGGUGGAGAAAAGGUACUCCUGCCUCGGCAGCCAGAAAGCAGAGAGGGAAGGGAGGCCCAGGGGACAAGAAUGCGCCCUUCCAGACCACACACCCUGGGAGCUGUGCAUCAUGACCAGGGCCCAUCUCCCGGCAUGAGCUGUGGGGGACAUUUGAGACCUAAACCAUAAGAGAAGCUGGUACUUCUUAAGUAAAAAGUAUUUGCCUUGCUGUCUUGUCAGGCAUAUUCAUGUAGGAAGCUUACCCUACGUAAGGGUAAUUUUUGGUUUUGCCUCCUUUAAAAAACAUUAACAUAUUUUUUCUAUUCUAGGUAUUCAUCCAUUCCACAAAUGUUAACCCAUUAACAAAAAUUUUAAAACUUAGUGUCAGUGUAAAAUAACAACUUUGUUCCAGGUAUGGUGGUGCAUGCCUAUAACCCCAGCACUUGGGAGGCUGAGGCAGAAAGAUCACCAUGAGUUUGAAGCCAGCCUAGGCUACAUAGAAAGUUCAAGGCCAGCCUGAACUACAUAAUGAGACCUUGUCUCAAAACAAACAAACAAAAGAUAACAAUUUGCUUUAAAAAUAAGAAAUUGCUUAUUUUGAGCCAAAGAGAUUGAUUAUGGUCUGAGAGUACACCCAAUUUACCCUGAAUGAUUGGUUCCACAGGGGAAGAAAUUAUGUGAACUUUUAUGGCAAAAGAGUAAUGAAAGACAUAAAUCAAUACUUUCGACAGAUGCACUGGUGUGGGCGAGGUAGGCAGACUGCAGCCAAGAGGGUCAAUCUCCGAGUUUGAGACAUUAUCUUACUGCAUUCACAGAUUGAGGGUUUUUUGAGACUAGGGCCCUGCUAAGUUUAACAAUAUGUACUGCAAGAUAUACCUAGUAAUCAUGAUAAUUUCAGUUCCCACUCAAAGGUUAAAAUAAAUGGCUAUGUUUUGAUAGAGCCCAAGGCAGUAAUGGCUCUGGGCACUGCAUUCCAUCUCUCCAGACUCCCAACAUUCAACCACUUAGCAGAGAAGCAAGAGCCUGCAACAUCUCUGCUAUCAAUGCUGAGUCUUUAGAAAACUUCAGCUUCACUCCAACUACGGGUAACUGAGAAAAGGGGAAUGAGGACAGAUGUCCUUCCCACAAAAUCGCAUCUUAUCUUCCAUCCCCCAGCCUGCUGGUUAUUUGGAGGUAGAAGGGAGAGGAAACACAAACACGUUCUGCAAAGAAAGGCUGAGAGGACACAGCAUCAGCCCCUAAAUUUGCAUAACCAGUACCCUGGAUAGGACCAUAAAAGGAGGAUGUGGAUGCCAUUGAAUCUCACACCAAACACCAAUUAUUUCUAGCAGAAAGAGCAAGCUCUCCACUCUCGUAAUCUCUGUAAAAAAAAUUUACCAGAACACAUUCUUCAGAUCCUAGGUGUAUGUGCUAGGCUAAAGAGGAUAUCAUAUUGAGGAAGAAUCUCCUGCUUCUCAUUUCUUCCUGAGACCAUCUCUCUGUGUACACAGCUUUCCAGAAUUGCCUCUGCCCCCUGCUACCUUUCAAGUGUGGUUAUCCCAAAGUCGCUAGCUCCCUGCCCAGGUACACACUCGCGCUCUGGAGUCAGACCGCUUCCAUUCUGACACAUCUCCAUAGCUUUCUCUGCGGCCUAUUUGCUGUCUGUCCCAAGCAAGUGACUUAACCUACUCCAAAGUCCUGUUUGCUGUCUGCUCUAGAGUCACUGCUUCAGGAACCUAUAGGACUUUUCUCCCGCAUGAAGCCUAAGGUACCUACCAAGAUGUUCCAAAUGCAGGGUCCACAGAUGCUGCAGAAGCUGGAGAAAUCCUUAAGGAAGCACCUCCCUGAAUCCUUAAAGGAAAUGACAAAUGACCUCAAUCACUACACCGACACUUACCUAAUCUACUUCAAGAAUCCUACAAAAUGUCAGGAAUUCCUUGGAUCCCCAGAAGUCAUGAACUGGAAGCAACAUUUGCAGAUUCAAAGUUCACAGCCCAGCCUGAAUAAAGUAAUAGAAAAUCUUGCAGACAUUAAUAUGGCCAAGGUCAAGUAUAUACAGCACACUCUCUACAUAGAAAAUGACACAGCAAAAAAACUGGUUCCUUUCCUGAUGGAUACAAAGAACUUACCACCCAACAGUGGUGAAUCCCCAUCCAUCAACCAAGAGAUGUUCAAACUCUCAUCCCUGGACGUUACCCACGCUGCUCUGGUGAACCAAUUCUGGCACCUUGGUGGGAAUGAGAGAAGCCAGAGAUUCAUCGAGCGCUGUAUCCGGUCGUUCCCCAGCUUCUGUCUGCUGGGGCCUAAGGGGACACCAGUGUCCUGGUCCCUGAUGGACCACACUGGAGAGUUGCGAAUGGCAGGCACUGUGCCUGAGCACCAGGGCCAGGGUCUCAUGUAUCAUGUUAUAUAUUGGCAGUUCCUGGCUCUGAAAAAACUUGGCUUCCCCAUGUAUGCCCAUGUGGAAAGGUCCAACCGCACCAUGGAAAGAGUGAUCAUCAACCUGUAUAAUGUCAGAAUGCCUGGCAAGUGGAACCAGUGGAACUGUGUUCCUGUGUAAAACUGGCCCUGAACAUAUGACUUUGAGGAGUGGGCUGUGCAUUUGCCUAGAGUAGUGGACAAGGAAACACAGAGAAAGAAAAAAAUUGUAAUAUGGAGUGGACUGUAAGUUCUAGAAACAAGGAUGAAUGGUGAACAUCUCAGCCUGAGUUCUUGCCCUCUGAUAGCUUACGGGCUGUCCUUCAUUUCCUGAGUGGGAAGUGGCCCAGAGGCUCCUACCCCCUGGCUGGUUCAGUUCUCACAUUCCCAGGCUGCUUGUAUUGUGCUUUAAUCACUGCCUAAUUUCUACUGUGCUCUUUUCCCUUUCAGACCCUUGGCCAUUUUCCAGGAUGUGAGUUCUAUGAUUUUUCCCUCUGACUCUCUAUGGCUUUCAUUUCAUUUGCUGGACAGUGGUCUGUCUUCUGAAUAGAUCUUUUCAAAAUCAUGCUCUCUCAGUUAACUUCCUAGACCUGGUAUGAUAACCAUGUGAAAUACAUUAUGUACACGUAUAUUCACAUACAUUAAAGUAUAAGAUGCAAUUUGACAAUAAGAAAAUUGAACUGGUAAUGGCUUUACAACUGGUGUUAAUAUCUUUGGCAAUGAGUUAUCUCUUGGAGCUCACAGUACAAGUAAGAGAAACCAGGAUUGCUUCUACAGGCACAGUUUCCUUAAUACCUUCUUACAGUCCCCUUAUAAUAUAGAGAGUCUUUGAUUGUGGGACCUUAAGCCACAUGGUCCCUGAAAAUAAAGAGAAAAUAAAGAAAGGAGGAUGUGAAAACACUCAACCUAGGGAGGUGGGCUUUUUAUGAUCAGGGACAGGGUUUUGGAGGCACUGUACAGAGCUGGAGACCAGGUCAUACGUGGCAGUGGCACUUGCCGUGAGAUAAAUGAAGGCCCUGCAAUGCAAGCAAGGGCCAUGAGGGUCUGGAUGAUAACUUAGAAUGCCAGAGAAGUCAUCUGUAUGUCUCCCUAGGAAGACAGUCCACCAGUGCUAUAGGAAUAGCAUGUAGUCAAAGGAGAAAAGUCAGAGAAUGGCAGUAAUUGGAGACUUGGGACCCAUCACAGUUCACUUUCUGAACUAAUCAGAAAAGCAGUUGUGCUUGUUAUACUUGAAUAAGGAAAUACAUCAUCUGCAGACCUUUCUUGAAUUCAUCAAGAGAAGAUGGGCUGGUAAUAUGGAAAUAGAGAAAGGAGAAUCUUCUCAUACUGCGAGAAAAAGAGACCUCAUGACACCUGGGGUGGGAGGACUCAUAGUUACACAGUGAGAUCAGUUCUUGAUAUUCAGUAGGAAAGAAGAAUGUUAAUUUUGCUGAAUCAAAUAAAGUCACCUGAAGACAGUGUUAAUAAUUAGCAUUUAAAGCCCCCUGUGAUCAUGAUUCAUCCAUUAGUUCUGCUAAAAACCAAACAGCCUGAGGUUGAUUAUCCUGUCGCUCAGAGACAUUAUUCAGAAUUUCUUCAAGACUUUAAUGGCAGUAAUGACAGAAUAUUUAACUUUCUGCUCUUGGCUAAAGCUCCCAAAGAGGAUGAAAAUAUAGGGUUUCUCUUCCAGUCUUACAAACUGACUUAGUUUUUAUUCUUUUUAGAAAUUAUAAUUAGUGGAUAUUAACUGUUCAAAAUAAUGGGUUUCAUAAUGACAUUUUCAUACAUGGAUUUAAUAUACUUUGAACUUAUCCACCCUAUUAGCCUUUCUUAUUCUGUCUCGUUUCCCUUGGUUCUUUCCCCAUUCCUAAUAGUUCCCCUUCUCCUUUAUGUGUAUUCAUCCCCUCCAUUCCUCAUAUAAGAUGAAACAGUAUACUCGUCUGAGUAUAGCUCAUUUCACUUAGCAUGAUACUCUCCACUUGUAUUCAUUACCCUGCAGAUUAUCUGCUUUUCUUCUUUUUGGCUCAUUAAUAAUCAUUCUUUAUCCUUUCAUUCACUGAUGGACACCUAGGCUGAUUCUAUUUCCAUUUCUUAGCUUUUGUAAGUUGUGCUAAAAUAAACAAGGAUAUGCAGCUAUU